AUGAGCUCCUCUGAUAUCAAAAAUCGCAAUCACAAUCAUGAUCUUCACCAGGAAGACGAAGAAGAGGUUAAGAGGUAUCUUCCAACUGAAAUCCAAACUGAAAUCUUAAGCAGAUUGCCCGUGGAGUCUAUAUCAAGAUUCAAAUGUGUGUGCAAGCGGUGGUAUAACAUUAUUGCGUCCCGAGAGUUCGCAGAGUUGCACAACCAGCGAUCUGAGGUGGAAUAUGUCUACAAAGAAUAUGAAGGAGAAGAAGACUCCAUCACAUUCGCUAACAUGAGUGGUCUGCUCCUGGAAAGAAUUGUUUCCACCGGAAAGUACCGUAUCAGGAAUCCUAAAACCAAGUACAUGCGAGAUGUUCCCUGCCCGCGGCCAGGAUAUCUCGUUUCCAUGAUGAUGUUUUAUCUCCCGGAAACCGAGGAUUAUAAGUUGGUUUGCAUAACUAAAAAAGAAGAAACUUCUAAGAAUGUGAGGUGCAAGGUACUAAGAAUAGGGACCGACUUUGCCUGGAGGCACAUUGGUAGCUUUUCAGAAUCUGGGAAGAUCCUUAUUUCCUUACCGCGGUGUAACUUAUGCUUCAUCGUCUCUGAAACUAAAAUAGUUUGCUUGGAAGUGGAACCUGAGCAUUUCGUACAUGUCAAAAUCCCGCAGGGUUUGCUCAUGAAUUUGGGAUUUCAAACUCCAAUUUGUUGGGGAAAAGACAGCUUGGCUUUGGCUCGUAUGGUGGAACAGGACGUGCAACUGUGGAUACUGGAAGAUUACAAGAAGGAAAUAUGGUCUGAAAUGAAGGUAAAACUUCCUUUGGAAUGGUUUGGGAACUGUCAUGCUGGUACCUCGUCAGAUACUCUUUCCCUUGCUGUAUGCAUCAGUGAUGGUUCUGGUUGGUUGUCGUUUAGAAGACCCGAUGGUUGUUAUCUUCAUUACAAUGUUAACUGCAAAUGCGAACUUAUCGACGAUAUUGAAUCAUCUCCUGGAAAAAGUUUUAAGUAUUCGUAUACACCCACGCUAUUCAAUUGUGAAAAGAGGAGAAAUUUUGCGGAGGAGCCGUGCCAAUUGGCCAGCUCCGAAACAAGUAGAGAUGGAGAAAGCAAAAGGUCCCCAAGCUUUUUGAUUCUUUCUGCUGAAAAACAAGUGAAGAUAGAGAGAAGUUGUGUGCGAGUUAUCCAGCAAGGAAACGGGGAGAAAUGGGGCCUGCAGCCAAUAGAUAGAGAUGAUAAGGAGAACCAACCAUGCGUAAACGUUAAAUUUAAGUCUUUAACAAGAGAGAGUAGGAGGAAGCUCGAGCUAUUACAGGAAUGGUCACAGUGGAAUGCUCAUCAGCCUUCAACUUCAUCAACUGAAUUAGACAGAGUAUCGGUAUCUGGUAAAAAUACUUACUUUCCUGCUAUUCUAGUUGGUCCUGAUAAGUCUUCUGCAGUUCCAUAUUGGAUGGAAACCAAUACAAGGGAGACGACGAUAAGCAAGCCCAAGAAGAUUCCAUUCCUAAUUGAUGAAAAAUCUGUUCCUCUUUACAAUCGCGAAUUCUCGUCAGCAUUAACUUCUUCCAAGGAUGAUUCAAAUCUUCAGGGUAUGCUGAAUGCUAGCUCUCGGAAUCCAACCCGAUACCACCAAAAUACUCCUGGUGGGAAGAAGUAUGACGGACUUAAACCAGGCUCCCUCAAUCCUGAAAUUCCCAAGCUGUUAGGACUUGAGGAGCUAGAUUCACCUCCAUGGCUUAACAAAAUGCGACAAAUACGGUAUACACCAGCCUAUUUAGCUGAACAUGGCGAAGACGAUCAACCAUCAGGGAUUACAAUUUUAGGGGCUGAUGAAAACAUGGAAGAUGGUGAGGAAGGAGAAAUUCUUGAGAAGGGCAUUGCUAAGCCAGAUAAAAGAAUGACCGUAGAAUUUCCCGGGGUGAAUGCACCAAUCCAAGAAAAAGCAGAUAAAAAGCUUUGGGAUUCUUUGUGA